AUGUCUUAUCCCGUGCUGCAAACACCACAACGACCACUACCAGGCGCUUUUUUUAAUACUCCUGCAGCGUCCCGAUACCCCCCUCCGCGGCCGCCUAUCUUCACCUCUGGGAGAGCGUCAACAGGAAAUCCUCCGAAUCCCCAAGGCUCACCGGGUCCUACAGCAAGCGCUCCUCAAUCUGAACUGCCCAUCCGACGUGGCGCGCGAACGAUCAACGAGCUUUUACAGAGAGAUUCGAGAUUCCCUGAUCUUAAUAGCUAUGUCAGGCAAGGCAUCUCUUCCGACUAUGAAAUACCCAAUGCUGCCACCACCGAGGGGGCAUGGGCGCCGUUCCAAAGGACCAAGUUACACGAUAUUCCGGAUAGGGUUUUCGAGCAGUACAACCGCGCCGCAGUUUCGACGAUGAUGGGUCUUUUUGCGGAACUAAAUCAUGCUUGGGUUACUAUUGACAAUGCCCUGUAUCUGUGGGACUACACGAAUCCGAAUCCGGAGAUAAUUGGUUUUGAGGAGCAGACCAAUAAUAUCACCGCUAUCAAGUUGGUUGUGCCGAGGAAAGGGGUCUUCGUGGACACCGUAACACAUCUUUUGGUUGUUGCUACUACCGCCGAGAUCAUUUUAUUAGGAGUGGCUACAGCACUAGAGGCGUCAGGAGUAAGGACGGUUUCUCUGUAUCAGACCCGAAUGGCGCUUUCGAUCAGAGGUAUUAACGUUCAAGCUAUUGAGGGAUCUGCCCAGACCGGUCGUAUAUUCUUCGCUGGCGCUGGCGACAAUGAUCUUUAUGAGCUCACAUACCAGCAGGAGGAGAAGUGGUUUGCAAGCCGCUGUGGGAAAAUCAACCAUACAAGCCCCGGCUACACGUCCAUUGUCCCUCAAAUCUGGGGCAACAAGACUCAGGAGCACGUCCUUGAAAUUGUUGUGGAUGAUAGCAGGAGACUUGUCUACACCCUCUCAUCAGAAUCCUCCAUCCGAACGUUCCAUAUGGACAGUCCGACCACGUUACAGCAAGUAAUUGAGAAAAAGCGACAGGAAUUUCUCCGGGAUAUCAGUCACAUGAUUUCCACAUCAGUUCUCCUCACCCGGCAGAUGGUGAUUGUGUCCAUUAGUCCUAUUUCCUCUAUGGAAUGCUCCAAGCUACAUCUCAUGGCCACCACCACAACCGGUUGCCGAUUAUUUCUCAGUGCGACUCGUGGGUACGGAUACCUCAGUGGGCCUGGCGCACCGCAAAGCAUGCAAGUUCAACACAUCAGAUUUCCUCCUCAGUUUGACCAAAGGAGGUCCGAAACGCCUUACCAAGGGGCUGAACCCUCCACCGAUACGUCAUCCCUUGCUUUAUCAUAUUCACGCAUAGGCCUUCGGUUUGCUCCUGGAUUCUUUUUGUGCUUCGUGGCCAAAUCAGGUCAAGACGGAAGAGACAACCUUUUCCUGUCCGCUCCUGAUACUGGUCGAAUAGCAGCAGAUGCACGGUCUCUCACAGCUCAAGCAUCAAAAUAUUACGAACAAGGAUGCUGGAUACCGCUCAAUAGCCAUGCAGAGGAAAUAGGAUUGGUCACAGCACCCUUCGCUGCCUCGACUCAACCGCUUGGCUUCGGAAAUGAACUUGCGGUGCAGUAUGAUGAGCCGCCCACGGAGAUUGCGAUCCUGACGAAUACUGGAAUUCACAUCAUUCGACGCAGGCGCCUUGUGGAUAUAUUUGCCGCUGCGAUUCAUAAUGGGGGCGGCGGUGGUGACGAAGGAUUGGAGAACGAGAUGAAGAAAUUUAUCGGACAGUACGGCCGUGGUGAAACGAUUGCUACUGCUCUGGCGGUAGCCUGCGGACAAGGGAAUGAUGUGGUGCCCGGCGACGUUAGACUUUCCAGGAUCAGCGAUCCCGAGACCCUAAGACUGGCAAGAAAGGCUUUCGUUGAGUUUGGAGGGCGACCGUUGAAUGAGAAUGUGGUCUCUGAGGGACCAUCAUUUGCUGCGGACAAUGUGCGACCUUCCUCCCGACAUGAGGGACUCGCCUUAUACAUGGCAAGACUUGUCCGGUCGCUCUGGAAGACAUCGGUCAUUAAAGGGAAAAUCCCACCUUCCGGAGCUAUCUCUAUUCAAUCUACCAUCCAGCCUGCCAAAUUAUCGACCAUCAAAGAGGAGCUGACUAAGCUAUCACAGUUCUUGGAUGACAAUAGUACUUUCAUCGAAGGUCUUGCGGGGCCAGAGAGCCUCCAUAAUGCGGUAAGCCAGCAUGAGCAGGUUGCUCUUCAAGGCGAGCACCAGGCAUUGCAUUCGCUUCAGAAACUUAAUUCAAGCAUCAUUGAGGGCAUAUCGUUCGUUCAAAUGCUCUUUGAAGAACGAGUAGACGAGAUGUGGACUGCUCUCGAUGACACUACCAAGCAGCGACUGCAUGACCUUACUUUCGAGCAACUUUUCUCAACAGAGCAGGGCAAGGAUCUAGCCAAAGUCCUUGUCAAAGCGAUCGUCAACCGAAACAUUGCCAAUGGCUCGAGCGUGGAUACUGUUGCAGACGCCUUACGCCGGCGCUGUGGCAGCCUUUGCAGCGCAGAUGAUGUCAUUAUCUUCAAAGCCCAAGAGCAACUUCAAAAAGCGUCAGAAACAGGGACAAGCAAAGAUCUGGUGCGGAAUCUAUUGAACGAGAGUAUCCGGCUUUUUGGUCAAGUUGCCGGUGCCCUCUCAUUUGAAAAUCUCCAGAGUGCCGUGGAACAAUUUACUGCGUUGCAAUUCUAUGCUGGGGCUAUCAGUGUGGCUCUUCAGGUGGCUCAUGAAUCGGAUCGAGGAAACAGCGCACUGGCUUGGGUUAAUGCAAACAAACCAGCUGGCGACCCAGGAUCUGUUGCUUACAAUUUCCGAAAACAGUGCUAUGACCUUGUUCAUAAUGUUUUGGUGGCGGUCGAUGGUGCUGCUAGUCGGGAACCUGAUAUGAUUGAUGGUCGAGCAACACUCAUUGCUACAAAGCGGACUGAAGCAUACAACAUCAUUAACAACUCAGACGACGAGUUAUUCCACUUUGAUCUUUAUGAAUGGUAUCUCCAGCAAGGGUGGAUCGAUCGACUCCUUGCGUUGAGUUCGCCCUUCGUCGUUGAGUUCCUGACUCGGUCUUCAGCCACUACUCCCGAGAGGGCCGAUCUCUUAUGGAGAUUCUACGUCCAUCGUGAAUGUUUUUACGAGGCAGCAGCGGUGCAAUUAGAUCUGGCUAAGAGUGAAUUUCCGAUAACCCUAACCAAACGAAUUGAAUACCUCAGCAGGGCCAAGGCAAAUGCCUCCACACAAAGCCCUGGCAUUGGAAGACAAACACGACAAGUCUUGUUGUACGAGGUUGGCGAACUUCUUGAUGUUGCCAACAUUCAAGAUGAACUUCUACAGAGGCUUGUAGCCGAUUCUAGAAUUGCCGACGCGCGCAGACCUCAAGUCACCGAAGAGCUCGAUAGCCAGAUCAAAAAUCUAACUGACCUAUUCAAUAACUACGCAGACCAAGCUAGUUACUUUGACAUCUGCCUGAUGAUCUAUGAAUGUGCAGAUCACCACAAUGAAGCAGACAUCAACGCAACAUGGCAGCAGCUCCUCGAUGCCACUCAUACGAAAGUGGCCAAUGACCCAAAUGCCGGCCAGCAACCUUAUGAAGCGGUCGUAACUAUGUUCACAGACAUGGCUGAUCGGCUGAACCAUUCCGAGAACACGUUCAAUCCCAACAUUCUCGUACCGAUGAUCGAAAAAUAUGCCCUGGAAUCGCAAAACAAUGUUGGCUCCCGUCACUGGGUCCCAGACCUCUUCAUCCGGGUCGCCUUCCCCUAUGAGACCAUCAUUAGCAUCGUGCAGGGAAUGUGGUAUAGCACCACCGCGCCAUUUACUGAGCGCAACAAAGGUGUACUUGCAGACCACAUUGUAUAUCUCUGUGACCAGUGGUACGAGGAGUGUGUCAGGACAAAUAUGAGAUUGUAUGGCAGCGAUCUAAAUGCACAAGAAAUCAGAGAUCUGUUGGCCGUGUUAUCUGCCGCUUCCGCCGCCAGUGGAGGACCGACGGAGCAGGGGUUUCUGACCAAUUUGAUCAGAAAGAUUGACAGGUCUUUCCGGUGA